AUGCUUCCUCGGGGCUUGGUCCACGAGAUACGGAGCUACAGACCCAUCGUAAAAAAGAUCAUACAUGUGGUUGUGCACGGAGCCGAGCAGAAUGUUACGUACAAUGAACUGGCCAGCUUCGUGGACAGAUUUGGGGCUAGGCCGUCCGGAAGCAAAGCUCUGGAACACUCGAUCGACUACAUGGUCGACAUUCUGCGUGGGCAGAGACUCGACUCUGUGCAUACGGAGGAGGCAAGUAUAAUAAACUGGAGAAGAGGGCACGAAGAAGCAUGGAUUGUGAGACCCAGGAAGAAGAAAAUGAGUAUCCUUGGAUUGGGAGGCAGCGUUGCCACGCCAGCGAAAGGUAUCGAAGCGCCUGUGUUGGUAGUUAAAUCCUUUCAAGAUCUUAGGAAAAAUGCGAAGAAGGUGCCUUCCUUAACUCUUAAGCAAGAACAGAAAGACGCAGAAACAUUUAUUGACAGAAAGGGUUAUACGGGGAACAUAGUUUUCUUUUGGGCGGCGAUGGAAGUGGACUCAUCUGCACGCUCACCCGAGUUGCCGGCGACAGCGCCGGCAGCCUCAAGGAAGCGAAACUGCCUUUCCAGUGACAGCGAGGCUAUCCUCGUUGACACUGCCGAGAACGUCAACAGCUCCGACGACGAAUACGUGACCACCAUGAGCCUGAAAGCAAAGCGGAGGAUGCUCAGGGCAUCCAUGGACGCAUCUGCUGGGAGGGCCCCGCAAAGCCCGCUGAGACGCUCAUCUAGAAAGCCUGCCCACGGUAUCAAGUCUUCUGUAAAGCCUGCUUUCGUUGAAUCGGCUUCACCCCCACCGCCGGACAGAAGGAACACGUGCACUGAGAAUGCUGCCCCUGAAAAGGAGGCUCUGGAAGAAGCAUGGCCAUCACUUCCAAGGAUAAUCUCCGCAGAAAAACUGGAAUGUGCACCGGUAGCACCACUUUCUGCAUCUCGCCAAGAUGAGGCGACGGAGCGAAGACAUCCUGUCAUUAAGCUUGUGAUGCGAACCAAGAGAUUGCCGCCUGGCAUUUCUCGGAAUACAAUUGUGGAAAUUCGAGGCAGAACCAAACCAGAAGAGAUUGUUUCGCUGUCCGGCCAUCUUGACUCCUGGGACGUGGGUCAGGGUGCCAUGGACGACGGUGCGGGGGCUUUCAUCUCGUGGAGGGCUCUCGCUGUGCUUCGGCGCCUGGGCCUCAGGCCUCGGCGCACGCUGCGUGCCAUCCUCUUCAUUGGAGAAGAACAAGGUAUCACCGGGGCAAUGGACUACUUCAAGCGACACUUUCCCUAUGAGCGAGAUCUCCUUAAUGUAGUGAUGGAAUCCGACAGUGGGACGUUUCGACCGUUGGGUCUGGCCUUCUCGGGCACUAACAAGCGUGCUCGUUGCAUUGUGGCCGAGGUACUCCGUCUGUUUGCCCCCAUUAACGCCACACAGCUCACGCUCGGAGUUUCAGAGCCUGACAUUGGUCCCUGGAUUCAAAAAGGCGUGCCAGCCUUGUCUUUGAACACGGUAACCAAAAAGUACUUCUACUUCCACCACACCGAGGGAGACACUAUGAGCGUGCUGGACCGCCACGAACUGGACCUCUGCACAGCCCUCUGGGCGGCUGCUUCCUAUAUAUUUGCGGACCUCUCUAUUCGCCUCCCUCGAUGAGAAAAUGGCAUGAAGGCUCCGUACGUGCAGCAGUCGAAUGUGUUUGGUAAUUGUAAUCACUUCAGUGGUCAGCUCGCUAAUAUCGCGAAAGAAGUCCUUUUUAUGCUUCAAGAUCUCAAUCUGGCCUCCCUUCGGGGCCUUUCAAGAUGUUUUAGUGAAUAUGCUUUGAUAAUUUGGAUGGCCCUGAAAUAUAAAGAAUAAAGUGGUGCA